UCAGGCAUUUGGUCGGCCAGCUUCGGGCCCUUCCUCCUUUUCCGCAUCCCUGAGAGGCUGAUGCCAAGAUGAACGACACAGUGACAGUCAGAACCCGGAAGUUUAUGACAAACCGGCUGCUUCAGAGGAAGCAAAUGGUUGUUGAUGUCCUCCAUCCAGGCAAAGCCACAGUCCCUAAAACUGAGAUCAGGGAGAAGCUGGCCAAAAUGUACAAGACCACCCCCGAUGUGGUGUUCGUCUUCGGCUUCAGGACACAGUUUGGUGGUGGCAAGACGACAGGUUUCGCCAUGGUCUAUGACUCUCUCGACUACGCUAAGAAGAACGAGCCCAAGCACAGACUGGCCAGGCACGGUCUCUAUGAGAAGAAGAAGUCCUCCAGAAAACAGCGCAAGGAACGCAAGAACAGAAUGAAGAAAGUACGAGGUACCAAGAAAGCCAGUGUGGGUGCUGCUGGCAAAAAGAAAUGAGGUCUGUUCCAGGUAUUAAGCAAAGCGGGCAUGGCGUGCUGUUAUUCAUGUGUUGAAAUGAACAUAGACUAUUAUAUCCUGGUAGCGCUAGUUGAGACCGGUCUCUGCAUGUCUCACCUGUAGUCUUUCCACAACCUUUUAUCUACCAAUACCAACCUUCCCUCUUCAACCCACCCUAUUUCCCUAAACUCCUAAAGUUACCCUGGCUGUUGGUACUUAUACCCUGACAAAUAAUCUUAUAUCCACUAACGUCAUCAACUUAAAGAACGUUUAAAUUACACUACUACUUUGCUACUAAAGGUUACUAUUCUUAUUCUGCUGUUAAACUAUUACAUCUUUGUAUUUGUCAACCGCUGAGUACAGUUAUGCUAACAUGCAGUACAAGUGGUGGCCUCCGGUUGUCAUGUAAUAAAGCAAGUCUAGAGUGAUGCAUUGGAUAAUAAGUUAUAACCAACUGCUGUCUGUGUGAGACAACUGAACCACAUGUCCACUUAUACAACUUUUCUGAAACAUUAACCUUCAUUUCAUUUAGGCAUGUAUUUAAUUUAAUGUUCUUUUAUAUAUAUUUUGAUGUUUUAUUAUACUAGACUGACAAAUAAAUUGGUAUCUUCGCUGAGUUGAAAAAUGUAAGAUGCACUAUGCAGAAAGUUUGCCUAAUUUCAGUUUGUGACAAAACAAGGAAGUAUUGUCGAAUCAUUUUACCAUCUAAACCGCUGUGAAAUAUAUUUUCUAUAACCAUAAAAUAUUGUGUUUUCGGCAGUUUGAAGCUGGUGUACAAAACCAAAAGUAAGACACAAACCGAACUUGGGAAGCAUUGAAAUAAUGCACAUAAAACAGAUCUACUGCUUCUUCGACUUGCUUUCAAUGAGUGACAGAUCUAUAACACAUUUCUGUGAAUUUGGUUGGUUGCCCAAAAAGUUUCAUUGCAGCUUCAUCUGUAAUUUUGCAGUUGAAAUUUUGGUGCAUUUACUAUAACCAAUGUGUAGGUUGAGCCCACGUCCCUAGCAAAUGCAUCUGUUCCCACACCCAAUUUCAAUACUAUUACCCUCCUUCAAACCCUCAGCCCAAAAAUUUGUUGACCCCCCCCUUGAGUAUAGUGGUGGAUAGAUUGUGAACUUCUGUUUUGCAGAUGAACUAAAUUCCCUUCCUCUGUUUUCCUACAGUGAGCCCGGAGAAUCAGGGAUGGUCCUCGUGCUCAAGAUGUUCUUGUAUAUUGUCAUCAAAUAAAACAUUUGGAAAAGUUA